GUGAUUUAUUUAAAUUCAUUCCUGUUUUUCAAACCUUGGAAAUUCUACAUAGGAUGUAGGCUCAUCUUUCUCUGAAGAAAAAUAUUGUUCCAGGAUUUUGAUUGGCUUUGGAUUAAUACAUUAAUUCAACUUGGCAAAACUUUCAACCCGAACAUGCAUUUGGCUAUGUUUAAUGAGGCCUUCUUUCAUUAGCGGUUUUGACAGUGGUCUAUACCCCAGACCCUGGGUAUGUUUUUCUUACUUCACAACACAUACAUACAUAUAUAGACAUAUGUAUUUAUAUCAUGUGUGUAGCUGUUAUUUUUUGUUAUCUGUGUUAUUUUUCAAAUUUAGUUUUAUUCUGUCUACUUGGUCAUUUUUCAUGUGCAGGCCUUAAGUUUUGUCUCUUUGUUGCUGUUUUCUCUGUGUGUGACUUGUGUGUGCAGUGAGCAUGCGGGUGCAUGUGGGGUCUCUUCACCUCAGAGCCACAUUCCAAAAAGUCUCCCCACACCUUUACCCUGGAUGACUUCUAUUUGUGGUCCCCAUCCUCAGGUGUGCGCUAUCACUCCGGGCUUGUCCUUGUCUGGAGCGGGAGGACUCUCUGUAUUCUGUCAAUCAUGUUCUAAAUAAACGCUGAUUGGCCAGGCAGGAAAUAUAGGUGGGAAAACCAGACAGGAAAUAGAAAUGAUGUAAUGAGAACAGAAUUCUGAGAAGGAGGAAGCUGAUUCCUCUCUCUCCUGCCCAGAGCACGGAAGCAACAGGAUGAGAUCUGCCCCCGCUGAAAAAAAGUCUGGCUGCUUCUGGCUGAACAUAUUCGUCCCCACUACCUUCUCAUUAUCAUUAAAUCCACCACCUGCCCCUUCCUAUUGAGACCCCGGGACUAUUGUGGCCUCCAGCUCAAACUAGCCCCUCAUGGAUCCCCGCCCGAAAUGGGAAUCAGCAUUAACUUCCGCGUCUUCUCAAGUGACCAUUGUGCAGUCCCCCCAGAAUGGCACUGCACCUGCUCAUCUCAUAGCCUUAGAACAGCUGAGGAUAGGCCUCCGCAGCCUGACCCCCACCCCUGGCUCCAGCACCCCCGCAUCCUUGCCAGAGGGGAUGCUCCAGCAGCAGUAUGUGGAGCCAAAGAGCUUACUGGAGCAUCGCUGGGGAAGGCUGGGUUUCCCUCAGAAGAAAGCCUUCCUGGGCAAGCUGAGGCGCAGGCACCGAGAUCAUAGGUCACCUUACCCAGUGGAUAGGGACAGCAGAAUCUUCCGCUCAGGCAACAAAACUCAGAAUUGGUUCCGAUGUGAAUGCCUCUACUGCCAGACCCGUGGGCAAAGUAUUUCCGGGGAAAGGGAUGGGAGCACCAAUCCUUCCUCCUGGGAUACUCUAGUGCAGGGACUAGGUGGCCUUACCCUCAACCUGGGAGCUGACAGGCCCGGUCUCCUGCCAGAGGGGGCGCAGCAGCAGCAACAGCACUUUCAGCAGCAGCAGCACUUUCAGCAGCAGCAGCUGCAGCAGCAGCAGCAGCAGCACCUUCAGAUGCAGCAACAGCACCUUCAGCAGCAGCAGCAGCACCUUCAGCAGCAGCAGCAGCAGCAGCCCCCACUGCUGGCCCAUCAGGAGCCAGAGGGGAGGUGCCAGCAGGAAAGCAGGGGCAGGUUCCAGAGGCUGUUCAACGAGUGGUUUGAAGAAAACUGAGGUCUUCGGGGGAUCCAGAGACCUGAAAGGAUUCACACAGAGCUUCACUGCCAGCUUUGCGCUUAGGCUCCUUUGUGGGACAGACAACUCAGCUGUCCUUUGCGGGGACUCCCAACACCUGCACGUUCUGACCAACAUCUUCCAGGCAUGAGAUCUGACCCAUUCCCAGGAAAGACCUCAGCUUUCCGGCGUCUUCUCUGUGGAGUACUGUGCCGCGUCCUAGUGCAAAGGAGACUAGAGACCCCUGGUCCUCACCUCCUCUCCUCUGCUCCCGUGAUGCAUGCUGACACUCCCUGCCUGGAUCUCUGCCUUUCCUCCCUACUUCCUUAUUAGUAGAGUGAGGGUGUCUAUGGCCUUGUGAAUGACCACGUGCUUCUGUGCCAUUCGAUCCAGGGGGAAGAAUCUGCAGCUGUAGAGCGUGAGGGGACUAUGAGAUCGGACCAUGGUGGCUCACCAUUUGACCUUCUGUAUAAAGAAGAUAUGACUGUGACAGUUAGCUGUACGUUCAUGUGGAGCUGUUUCUUAACAGUUGAGGACUAUUCUCCCACACUGGAAUUUCUGAUGGAGUACCUCAUUGUCAAUACCAAAUAAUAACCAUGCUUACGAAAGGACAGUGACUUAGAACUCAGGUUGCUGGUAUUUUGUUUAUUGUCAGACCUGGCUACAACAGGAGGAUCUCAGCACCAUGGAGAUUCGGAAAGCAGGGUGGAGUGGACUUGCUUGGGACUGGAGCGGGACGGUGUAGUGGUUUAAAUGAGACGGACCCCCAUUGGCUCAUCUGCUCAUAUUCUGGGUUCCUGACUGGAAUAUUUGGGG